UAAUAAGAGGAUCUAAGAAGAAAAUUUGUACUCAUAUCAAAGACAAGAAAACCGAGACUUUAAAAGGUUCAGAAACUUCCAAGGUCAGAUUUGACUUGAUCUGUGUGACAACAAAGUCAUGCUGUCAAGACCUGGACUUUGUCCAUCAUUAGCUCCUAGGGUGUGAUCAUAAUCUGCUUCUAAGAUUGGAUCUUGCAGUAAAAAUCCACUAUUAGGAAUAACCAAUUAAAAACAUCUUUUUCAGAAUGGUAAAAAUCUUUUUUUAACUCCUUAGCACCUUGAUAUGUGUGAUUAUUUUAUAUGUAGACUUGAGACUAAAACAGGGAAGAAUAGAAAAAUUAUCUUUUGACCCUUGAGUUUUCCAAACUUGAGUGAUUUCCCUGCCUGAGUGUUAGGCCUGUAGCAGUUGUUACUACAGAUGCCUUUCUGCUCCACUCCCUACUGCAGUGCAUUGAGAGGCCUCGCGUCCUCCGUAUGCUUCAGGGCUCUCACCUGUAAACACUGCAGUGAGCCGGACCCUCGCUUCUCUGAUUUGACGUCCUUCUGCAAAAUUCUGGUAGUCUAGCAGGUGAGGUACAUCUGUUCAGCUUUGGGUUGUCGCCAAUGGGACAGUGAUGAAAUGGAACAAGAAGACAUCCUGCUUCUGCAACGCACCCAGAAAACUGUUAGAGCUGUCGGGCCUCGCAGUGGCAAUGAGAAGUGGAAUUUCAGUGUUGGCCACUUUGAACUUCGGUAUAUUCCAGACAUGGAAACUAGAGCCGGAUUUAUUGAAAGCACCUUGAAUCCUACUCUGAACAAAGAGUCUGAAAUUAUCUCAGAUGUGGAAGAACAGGAAGCUGCCACAGUGGAUACAGUGAUAAAAGUCUCUGUUACUGAUUGGAAGGUCAUGGCCUUUAGCAAGAAGGGAGGACAUCUGGAAUGGGAGUAUCAGUUUUGUACUCCCAUUGCAUCUGCUUGGUUGGUCAAGGACGGCAAAGUCAUUCCCAUCAGUCUUUUUGAUGAUACAAGUUAUGCGUCUAAUGAUGAUGUUUUAAAAGAUGAAGAAGACAUUGUAGAAGCUGCCCGAGGAGCCACAGAAAACAGCGUUUACUUGGGAAUGUACAGAGGCCAGCUGUAUCUGCAGUCAUCAGUCAGAAUUUCAGAAAAGUUUCCUACAAAUCCCAAGGCCUUGGAAUCUGUUGAUAAUGAAAAUGCAAUUAUUCCUUUACCAACAAUCAAAUGGAAACCCUUAAUUCAUUCUCCUUCCAGGACUCCUGUCUUGGUGGGGCCUGAUGAGUUUGACAAAUGUCUUAGUAAUGAUAAGUUUUCUCAUGAAGAGUACAGUAAUGGCGCGCUUUCAGUCUUGCAGUAUCCAUAUGAUAAUGGUUAUUAUCUACCAUACUACCAGAGGGAAAGGAGCAAACGGAGCACAAGGAACACACACAUUACAGUCAGAUUUCUGGAGAACCCAAAUUACAGCAAGAAUGUCCGCAAAAAGGACCCUGUUCUCCUCUUACACUGGUGGAAAGAAAUAGCUGGAACUAUUCUGUUUUGUAUCAUAGCAACAACUUUUAUUGUGCGCAGAAUUUUCCAUCCUCACCCUCACAGACAAAGGAAGGAAUCUGAGACUCAGUGUCAGACUGAAAACAAGUAUGAUUCUCUGAGUGGAGAAACUAAUGACAGCAGCUGGAACGACAUGAAAAACUCUGGAUAUAUAUCACGAUAUCUAACAGAUUUUGAGCCAAUUCAGUGCAUGGGUCGUGGUGGGUUUGGAGUUGUCUUUGAAGCUAGAAACAAAGUGGACGACUGCAAUUAUGCUAUCAAGAGAAUUCGCCUCCCCAACAGGGAAUUGGCUCGGGAAAAGGUAAUGCGAGAAGUUAAAGCCUUAGCCAAGCUUGAGCACCCAGGAAUCGUCAGAUACUUCAAUGCUUGGUUGGAAGCUCCGCCAGAGGAGUGGCAAGAAAAAAUGGAUGAAAUUUGGCUGAAGGAUGAAAGCACAGACUGGCCACUCAGCUCUCCUAGUCCAAUGGAUGCACCAUCAGUUAAAAUACGCAGAAUGGAUCCUUUCUCCACAAAGGAACAUAUUGAAAUCAUAGCUCCUUCGUCACAAAGAAGCAGGUCUUUUUCAGUAGGGAUUUCCUGUGGCCAGAGAAGUUCAUCGGAGAGCCACUUCUCUCCAGUGGAAUUUUCUGGACUGGACUGGGGAGACACCAGUGAGUCAGUGGGUGCCGUGUGCAACCUCCAGGACAGCUGCCUCACAGACUGUGAUGUGGAUGAUGGCACUGUGGAAGGCAGCGAGGAGGGGCACUCCUUUGAACUCUGUUCUUCUGGAGCUUCUCCUUCUGUGAGGUCCAGGGAGAGAACCUCCUCUUCCAUAGUGUUUGAAGAUUCAGGCUGUGAUAAUGCGUCCAGUAAAGAAGAGCCCAAAACUAACCGGCUGCACAUUGGCAACCAUUGUACUAAUAAACUGCCUCCCACCAAACAUUCCAGUAGCAAAUCUUCAGACCCUACUCUGUCUAUUUCUCUUCCAAGACCAACCACUUUAAGUCUUGAUCUCACUAAAAACACUGCAGAAAAGCUGCAGCCCAGCUCCCCGAAGGUAUAUCUUUACAUUCAGAUGCAGCUGUGCAGAAAAGAGAACCUCAAGGACUGGAUGAACAGCAGGUGCAGCAUGGAGGAGAGGGGGCUGGGCACAUGCCUGCACAUCUUCCUGCAGAUCGCGGAGGCGGUGGAGUUCCUGCAUAGCAAGGGGCUCAUGCACAGGGACCUCAAGCCUUCCAACAUAUUCUUUACAAUGGAUGACGUGAUCAAGGUUGGAGACUUUGGAUUAGUGACGGCAAUGGACCAGGAUGAGGAGGAGCAGGUGGUUCUGACCCCAAUGCCAGCAUACCCCCGGCACACAGGACAAGUCGGGACCAAACUGUAUAUGAGCCCAGAACAGAUUCACGGAAACAGCUACUCUCAUAAAGUGGACAUCUUCUCGUUAGGCCUCAUUCUGUUUGAGCUGUUGUACCCAUUUGGCACACAGAUGGAGAGAGUCAGGAUCUUAACUGAUGUAAGAGAUCUCAGAUUUCCACCACUGUUUACUCAGAAAUAUCCUCGUGAGUAUAUGAUGGUUCACGACAUGCUCUCUCCCUCCCCCACGGCACGGCCUGAGGCUACAGACAUCAUUGAAAACGCUGUAUUUGAGGACUUGGAGAUCCCAGGAAAAACAGUGCUCAGGCAGAGGUCCCGAUCCUUGAGCUCAUCUGGAACAAAACAUUCGAGACAGUCCAGCGACUCUCAUAGCCCUUUGCCAAGCAGUUCGCCUUAAGUUGUGCCUGUGCCCCUAACAGAUGGCUCGGAGUGGUCCCUGCUCAGGAACGUGACCUUCCAGAACUGUGGACUGGAGAGCUGGUUCUUUGCUCAGCUUCAUUUUGAACUACUUUUUCUAAAUCAAACUUAAGCUGAAUUUUGGGACAUAACCUACUUGAGCCAACUCUUGAUUUUUGUUGGCUUCAAGGAGAGAGCUUUCGCUAAUUCACGAGGGGUCCUUUUUCUCUGUGGGUCUCCUGAGACUGGCUGGCCACGCUCUGUGGCCCUCGCCUGUUGCCUAGGGAGGUCAGGCAAUCUCCCAGAUUAAGAGAGAUAUUUUUAUAGUACAGAAUCAUAAACAUUCCUACAUACAGUAUCUAUGUUGUUCUAGAAAUACGCUUUCUAGAGAGACUGCUGGUUUUGAAACUGAUUUCCAAAAGGCUGGCUCCGUUUUUGUCCCUGGUGGGUAAAUGGGGAAUCUACACUAUUUUGGAGGACAAGUAGCACAAAUUGCACAGCGGUUUAUGUCCAUAGCUAGUUUUAUAGUGGCAUUUGUAACAUUAAAUAGCUAUAUUUCUCAGAUGGCUCUAGGAAGCAUAAGAGCUUUUUGUACUUUACCUCCAAAGAAGCUUUUUAUGUAAAUUGGUCAAAAGUUCUGGCUUCGGGGUGAGAAAGCAACUGUAGUAAGAAAUGAGUCACAUGUGCAGUUAACUUCUUCGAUUACAGGCUUCAAACCGAAUAAAAUCCAAGCAUCUUAUGUGUAAUUCUGUAGGGUGGUACUUUCCCAAAACUGAUUAUAGAUAAUAGUUUAAUCAUGUAACGUGGUAACAUUUUUAUUUUUCACUGUAAAUAUGUGUGUUUUUUAUUUAUAAAAAUUCUGAACUCAAUCCAUUUGGGUUGGUGGUAUAUAGAACGCACUUACGUGUGUUAACUAUUGUGACUUCUUUCAAGUCUAAAUGAUUUAAUAAAACUUUUAUUAAUUAUUUA